AUGGGCUUCAGGGGUUCCCAGGCAGUUGCUCUUUUCAUUCUCUUUAACAUCAUAUGUUUGUCUCUUGUUUCUUCUAACAAGGUUCCAUGCCCUCCUACAAGUCCUUCCUCGCCUGCCUCUGUCCCAAAGAAGCAAGACAAAUGCCCUAGAGAUACCCUUAAGUUUGGUGUUUGUGGCAGUUGGUUAGGGUUGGUGACCGAGGUUAUUGGGACUAAACCCAGCAAGGAAUGCUGUACCCUAAUCAAGGGUCUUGCAGAUCUUGAAGCUGCAUUGUGUCUCUGCACUGCUAUUAAGGCCAAUGUCUUGGGAAUUGUCAAGCUCGAAGUGCCUGUUGCUCUUAGUUUGCUUGUUAAUGCAUGUGGAGGAAAGGUGCCACAAGGUUUUGUCUGUGCUUAAUUAGAAACUGUCUACCUAGCUAGCUCUGAAUUACUUCUUGAUGUACUUAUUGAUAUUUUCCAUUUCUGCUAUGUUGGAAUAAACCAGAUUAAUUUAAUUAGGCUGUGUGGACAAAGGAAGAACUCUAUUGGA